AUGUCUGCAGUCAGGAUUCAACUUGUUAAGGAAUUACAUAAACCGAUUGGACGCAAUUAUCCUCGCCGACGAACAAUAAUUAAAGGUCUUGAUGACUUAUGGCAGAUGGAUCUAGCUGAAAUGAUACCUUAUGCAAAACAUAAUAGAGGAUUUAAAAUGAUUUUGGUAGUUAUCGAUUGUUUUUCGAAAUUCGUGUGGACUCGUCCACUCAAGACGAAAACAGCCGAAGAAAUAACUCGUGCAUUUUCGAGUAUUAUCAAAGGCGGUAGAAUGCCAAAAAAUGUACAAUCAGAUCAAGGAACGGAAUUUUACAAUACUAAAUUUAAAACUCUAAUGAAAAAACAUAAUAUCAAUCAUUAUAGUACGUUUAGUACAAAAAAAGCUGCAAUUGCAGAAAGAGUUAUUAGAACGCUCAAAACGAAACUCUAUAAACAUUUCAGCUUAAUUGGGAAAUACAAAUGGAUCAUAUUUUACCUCAAAAUACAAAUGAAUACAACAACACGAAACAUUCUACUAAAUUACGAAAAUGCAAUAAGACAAGUAAAACACUAUUUAUUACAUAGAGUUUUCAAUGUUGUUCGAUUUAUGGUUGGGUAUAGCCUUAGCCCUGUCAGAAAUUUUGCACCUGUCAUCAUUUUAUCAACACUUAUCGGAGCUGUGGAAUCUAUCAAAAUGUCCUUCAAUACUUUCGAAUGGGAACAUGUCAUAGAUGCACUGCGUAAGAGUAAGGAGGAGUAUUUCAAUUCUCCAGAUAACAAAAGUCCUAUCGAUUCUAAUCUCUUGUAA